AUGCAAAUUGCCGCAUUCCUUUCAGAUCUCAAAUCCCUGACCAUCUGCUCACAUGAGGCUGCAACCGCUCUUGUCAAACCACCGGCGCCUACCGGAGCGGAAGAAACAGAAACAACGGCAACAGAGAAGGCAGAGGACGUGCAGGCACACUCGUCAGGACGCGAUACUCGAGGCGACGACCAGGACCUUCAACGUGCCAACGAAUUGUUAUCACUGCACUACGGGGUCAAACUGAAAUAUCUUGAGACAGGCCCGGAUCCAGAGUUGGAGCAAGCGGGAAGGGCUGUAGACGAAGUUCUGGCGUCUUUGAGGACGUCUCGAUGA